CAGAGAGCCAGAGAUAGAAAGAUGAUCCCCGGCGUUGCUUUGACACGUGUUGCUUUCGGUUUAACCGCCUUCCUCCUCCUCGCCGUCGUGAGCAGCCAGGAGAAGUGCAGCAACGCCUGCAUUGCACAAAACUGCAACAGUCUUGGCAUUCACUAUGGGAAGUAUUGUGGGAUAGGUUACUUUGGAUGUCGUGGGGAGCCACCUUGUGAUGAUCUUGAUGCUUGUUGUAUGACUCAUGACAAUUGUGUUGAUUUAAAAGGUAUGACUUACGUUAACUGUCACAAGCAGUUCAAACGUUGCGUAAACAAGCUAAGCAAAUCGAUUAAACGAUCUAACGGUCAAAAGAUUGGAUUCUCCACUCAAUGCCCUUAUUCUAUAGUGAUACCAACCGUGUUCAAUGGAAUGGAUUACGGCAUUUUCUUCAGUGGGAUAGGUAAUAUAUUUAAACCUCCGGUGCUAGGAAGUGUGCCCGUCGUGGAGGUUGAUCUCUCUCGGAGUAAAGUGGACACAAAGGAUGGCCUUGGAGUUGGAACAAAUCUAGGCCUUCAAACAAAAGAAGGCUCUAAACUGAAGAACAAACAACUUGAGAAAACCAAAAAAGAGAAGAAGAUGAAGGCUAAUCACUUUCUCUUUUUCAGCAUUUUUUGUGCCCUUCUUGCCAUUGUAGUUCACGGCCAAGGCCAAUCAGGUUACAUCAGCAUCGACUGUGGCAUACCUCCUUACGAUACCCCUGAAGACACUAUGGCUAACAUCAAUUACGUCUCCGAUGAAGCUUUCAUAACUACUGGCGUAAACUUCAAUGUCUCUGCAGAUUACGGCGCUCUAAAUAACCCGGUUUUACCGUCAACUCUUGCUGAAGUAAGAGCUUUCCCUCGAGGAAACAGAAACUGUUACACCAUCAAAAUUUCACAAGGAAAAGGGAAUCUUUAUCUCAUCAGAGCUUGGUUUAUGUAUGGAAACUACGAUGGUAAAAAAGCUUUGCCUGAGUUUGAUCUCUAUGUAAACGUGAAUUUCUGGUCGACAGUGAAAUUCAAGAAUGCUUCUGAUCAAGUCACCAAAGAGAUUUUAAGCUUUGCAGAGUCAGAUACAAUAUAUGUUUGCCUUGUGAACAAAGGUAAAGGAACUCCUUUUAUUUCAGGCUUGGAGCUCCGGCCAGUCAACAGUUCAAUCUACGGUACUGAAUUUGGAAGAAAUGUCUCUUUGGUUCUCUAUCAAAGAUGGGACAUUGGAUAUUUAAACGGAACAGGACGGUACCAAGACGAUAGAUUCGAUCGUAUUUGGUCUACAUACUCCUCAAAUAUCUCUUGGAACUCGAUUAUAACAUCUGCCUAUAUCGAUGUUUUUCAGAACGGUUAUUGGCCACCUGAUGAAGUUAUUAAGACAGCUGCUUCUCCUACAAAUGAUGAUGAUCCGUUAGAAUUGUUCUGGACAUCAUACGAUCCAAAUGCUCGGUUCUACGCAUAUCUCUACUUUGCGGAACUCGAAACGCUAGAGAACAAUGAAACUAGAAAGAUCAAGAUUUUGUGGAAUGGUUCCCCUGUUUCCAAAACUUCUUUCAUUCCUUCUUCAAAAUAUUCAAUGACGUUUUCUAAUCCAAGAGCUUUCACUGGUAAAGAUCACUGGAUUUCUAUACAGAAGACCGCAGACUCAACGCUUCCACCAAUUCUCAAUGCUAUCGAGAUAUUUACCGCACAAUCUCUAGAUGAAGUUUACACCAUAACUGAUGACGUUAAAGCCAUAGAAAGCAUAAAAGCAACGUAUAAAGUGAAUAAGGUUUGGAGUGGUGAUCCUUGCUCCCCAAGAUUAUUCCCUUGGGAAGGUAUUGGAUGCAGCUACACCAAUUAUAAUCAUCAAAUCAAGUCCCUGAAUCUUAGCUCAAGCGGAUUACAAGGACCAAUAGUCUUGGCAUUUAGAAAUCUCUCCUUUCUUGAGUCAUUGGAUUUAUCGAACAACGACCUACAACAAAAUAUUCCUGAGUUUUUGGCUGAUCUAAAACAUUUGAAAGUCCUGAAUUUGAAAGGAAACAAUUUUACUGGUUUUAUCCCAAACUCUCUUCUGAAAAAGUUAAAGGCUGGUAUACUUGCACUCAGUGUGGAUGACCAAAACCUUUGUAACUCACGUUCAUGUCAAGACAAGAAGAAGACCAACAUGGUCGUGCCAAUAGCUGUAGCGACAUCAGUGAUCGUUCUCAUUGUCGUCUUGGUUAUCAUAUGGAUCAUACUAAGGCAAAGAAAAAAAGGUGCCAAUGCAGGACCACUCCUGCCUUCAGGGAAGAGGAGGUUCACAUAUAAUGAGGUCUCUAGAAUUACAAACAACUUCAAUAAAGUGAUUGGUAAAGGAGGGUUUGGUAUUGUGUACCUCGGGUCUCUCGAAGAUGGGACUAGAAUUGCUGUAAAAAUGAUCAACGAUCCUUCAUUGGGAAAACCUAAAGGAUCUUCAACAUCAUCAUCAUCCCGGGCUUCUAACCAAUUCCAAGUGGAGGCAGAGCUUCUUUUGACAGUGCAUCACCGGAACUUAGCUUCCUUUGUUGGAUACUGCGAUGAUGAUCGCAGUAUGGCUCUCAUCUACGAGUACAUGGCCAACGGCAACUUGCAGGCUUAUCUUUCUAGUGAGAAUGCAGAGGAUCUUAGCUGGGAAAAGAGACUCCAUAUAGCUAUAGACUCUGCACAAGUUGUGAAACCUGGUCUUAUUCCCCCUUGGCAGGUCUUCCCUGAGGAUGAUCUCAGCCACGUCGUGACUACCGUCAUGGGCACUCCCGGCUACGUUGAUCCUGAAUACUACAGAACGUUUGUGCUAAACGAGAAGAGCGACGUGUACAGUUUUGGGGUCGUCCUUCUUGAACUCAUCACUGGCCAGCGAGCCAUCAUCAAAACAGAAGAAGGAGACAAUAUCAGCGUGAUUCACUACGUUUGGCCGUUCUUUGAGGCCAGAGAACUAGACGGUGUCGUGGACCCGCUGCUUCGGGGCGACUUCUCGGAGGAUUCAGCUUGGAAGUUUGUGGAUGUGGCAAUGUCUUGCGUCAGAGAUAAAGGAUCCAAUAGACCAACAAUGAACCAGAUCGUGGCGGAGCUGAAACAGUGCUUAGCCGCUGAACUGGCUCUGGCUGCUUAUGAGCUCGUUGGUAUAUAUUGUGAACUUCUUGUUGCUCGUUUGGGUGUGAUUGACUCUCAAAAGACCUGUCCUAAUGAUCUUAAGGAAGCUGUCGCGAGUGUCUUAUACGCUUCUCAAAGGUUAACAGAUGUUGCGGAGCUCUCAGAUAUUGUUAAGCAUUUCUCUGCGAAGUAUGGUAAAGAUUUUGUUUCAGCUGCUAUUGGUUUGCAACCGGAUUCUGGUGUGAGUCGUUUGUUGGUGGAGAAAUUGUCUGUGAAAGCUCCCGAUGGUCCAACGAAGAUCAAAAUUUUGACGGAGAUAGCUACGCAGCAUAAUGUAACUUGGGAAGCAGAAUCUUUGGUUGAAUCAGAUCCCAAGGAAACCGUAUUGGCUAGUGGAGCAAGUUCCUCUCAGUCUCAGUCAGCAACUGGAAUAAAGCCGGAGUCUUCAAGAAUCCAAAACAAUCAACCUCCAGAAUUACAAGCUCCAGCUACUGUCAAUGUGUCGCAGAAUUCAUAUGCAAGUGAUGGAAGAUCUUCAAGCCGAAUGACAUGUACUGAUUUCAAUGUUGGGAAGACAGCUGAUCACUAUCAUCAAGACCCAAAACCUUCUGGAGAUAGAACUGACGGUAGAGAACACAGACAUCACAAUCCAGGUCAUGGGGAUUCAUCUCCAUGGGAAACGGAAUUUGUUGAUGCAACGAGUGCUGCACGUGCAGCUGCUGAAUCUGCGGAAAGAGCGAGUUUUGCUGCGCGUGCAGCUGCUGAGCUUUCAAGUAAAGAAAGAAUGAUGGCGAUGCAGAAUUCAAAAGAGUCGCGGAACUCAUCCUCGUAUGAUAAUUUAAGAAACAAUCCCCCACAUAGUCGUACUAGUAGCUCAAAUGUGCAAAGCGGAGGUUUUGCUAAAGAAGAAUUGUUAAGAAGCAGUAACAAGCAAGAAGAUCAAUCUACUACUAGAGCAGAGUCUUCUAAGAAGACUGUUGAUGAGCUAUCAGAAAAUGCUUCACGGAGGAGAGAUCAUUCUCGGGAGAACUCAUUGGAGAUGAGGCCAAAUGAUUCCUUUGCUAGAAUAGGUAGAGAGAAGCAGCAACCAAGUAUGGAUGAUAUAAACCGUAGCAGUUCAGAAGAUGUUCUAAAUAAGCAACAAUCAAGCCGAGCUUCAUCGCAUUCACCGUCAAGCAAUUUUUCCGAUGAGAAUGAUGUCACUGCCUUGGACCAUAUCGAUUCACCAAGUAUAUUGAAGGAAAACCGAUUCCAGAGCACUUUUGGAGAUAGAGAGAGCUACAAUGACGGUCCUGAUGUUGUUGUUGCUCCGGCUUUUGAUGACUAUAGCUCGUUUUUUGACAAACCUCAAUUCGACACAGAAGAUGCUUGUCACGAUGAACCAGAACAAGGAUUAGGAUUUUCAUUGCUUGGUAGUAGCAGCAAAACAUCUGAUCAUAUGCCUACAGAGACAAAUUCAUGGAUCUUCGAAGGACACAAGGCUCUGGGACAACCCAGCUCAGCCUCAACCUCACAGGUUCUUGAAGAGGAGAAGCCAAGUUCUCCAAUAUUUGAUGAUGGUCCUACAAGUCCCCCAGCUUCUCUGCAUGAGCCUGAGCCGUCUGCAAAGUUUGAUGAUUAUGACCGAGAUUCUGAAAGUGAAGAAGACAAUCUGAGAAACAGUGGAAAUAUUUCUGGACAUGUAGAAGAAAAGCCGAAGCUGAAAUCUUACAAGUCCGCAAAGUCUGAAGUUUCUGAUGAUCUAGGACGCUACUUUUUCCCCUCGGACACAGAAGACCAAGGAGAUGAUUGCAAGAUACAGGAAGAAUCCGACACAGAAACUACUACAGGUCUUAGGUUUGAACCUCUAGCCGGUGAACUGAAGAAUGAAACGGCUCUCCCAACUUAUGGAAUGAGUCCGCCAAGAGACAAGACAUGGUCCAAAUCUGUUAAAGAGCAUGUGCCAACAGAGGUUGAUCCGUCGAGGUCUUCUUCUUUUCAGACAGACAGGGAAGAACUUUACACUCAAAAAGCAAGCAACAUGGACAAAAGACCGAGCUCUAUACCUCCAGAUUCAUCUUCUAGUGAUGAUGAAUCAGAGAUUAAACUUCGGGAGAGAGUUUCUGCUAGAUACCAAGAUAAAAGAGCUGAUUCAAGAACCCGGUCCACACAUCUACAUUCGAGUGUCAGCCAUGAGGACUCUAAGGAAAAAAUCCCGACUCGAGCUUCUACCAGAAGUCAAGAGAGGAGGACCCACAAGACCACCCCUGCCUCAUAUUUCCAUGCAAUAUCCAGUGACGAUGAAGAUGAGAAAGAAGUCUAUAGAGAUGCUGCACGCACCCAAACCAAGCCUUCUAUUUCCAUCUCACGAAGAACAAAGGGCCAUGAGAGAAGAUCAUCUCUGGUUACUGCGAAAACUGAGACAGUCUCUCAUGAUCAAGAAUCUCCUCCAAAGCCAAGUCCUGAGGCCAAGCCACUGGCUAAGCAACAGGUAUCAGCCUCCUCUUCAAGCUAUCUUCCAAAAACUGACAAAGCUUCUCACGGUCAAGAAUCUCCUCCAAAGCUAAGUACUGAGGCCAAGCCACUGGCUAAGCAACAAGGAUCAGGUUCUUCUUUAAGCUUUCUUCCAAAAACCGACAAAGCUUCUCACGAUCAAGAAUUUACUCCAAAGCUAGGUCUAAAGGCCAAGCCAGCGGCUAAGCAACAAGGAUCAACUACCUCUUCAGGUGCUCUUCCGAAAACUGAAAAAGUCUCUCGCUAUAGAGAAUCUCCUCCGAAGCCAACUCCAGAGGCUAAGUCACUGGCUAAGCAAGAAGGGUUAGCUUCUUCUUCAAGCUCACUUCCCAAAACUGUGACAUCACCUGACCCAGAAACUCUGGCAAAGGAGAAAGCUAGCCAUGUUCAUCCCAAACUCCCAGAUUACGACGACAUAUUUGCCAAGCUCGGGGCUCUUCGUCGCUGAACUUCUGCUCAUUCUUCCCGUCUGUUGAUUUAU